CCCUUGGCCAUCAAACUAUGGGGGAGGGGUGGUCCUUAAACCAGCAGUCCAAUCCUCAUUCAAGGGUCCCCAGUCUGACCCAGAUGAAAUCAUGUAUUAAGUGAAGCAUAUCUAUGCCAUGGAUUUUUUACUGUCCUCACAACUGAUCUGGACCAGCAGGGGCAGUAAUUAAUUGCGAAAGGGUGAGAAGGAAAGAGGAGGGAGGGAUCGAUCGAGAGCAAGGUUGUCAACCUGCGGGUUGACCUGAACCCGGUCGAGCUAGUGGGUCAAGGGUUAACAGGUCACCCAUUUUAGCCCUUCCAGCUCGGAAAUAUGAAAUGAGUCAUUAUAUUGUACUUAUCCUGAUAAAUUAUAUCAAAUGUCAUCUAACAUAUGAGUAAUACCAUAUAACAUUACACCAAAGUAACAUACCGUACUUAAAUCCAACAUUGAGCGAAAAUUCACACACACUUAUAUGACAUCAAUAUUCAAAUGUUCGACUAAGGAUUCCAAAGAUUGAGUUAGGCGAAAAGAAAAAUCGGAAAAUAUGCGCAUUUCACAAACCAAAGAAAAAAAUGACACAAUUUGACCUUCAACCCGAUACCUUGUAGCGGUCGACCCGGCGGAUGCGUGCGACCCGUUUUUCUUAUCGAGUCAGAGUCAAAAUGGGUCAACCCGGGAAUCGACCCGCGGGUUGACAACCUUGAUCGAGGUCAAUCAUUUGUAGUAAAAAAUUGCAUGCAGUAAGCAAAUUUUUACUGCAGAGCAGAGUACUAUGUUUUUGCUUGUUUGGGUUACUGAUAAGAGUGAUAGUAUUGGUUUGAACAUUUGGCCACGUGGGCUUGAAUGAGUUUUGUUGUACACUUCAUUUCCCAAGGUGUAACAGAUGGAAAUAAUGUGAUGAUAGUAAAGUAGUAGUAGUUCAAAAACUAGUAAAUGAGACUGAACCAAGACACUGACCAACCUUCCCCUGCAUUCAAUUCCGACUUGUUAGGUCGAGUGGGGGGUGUCAACCCAUGAGUCGGCCCAAAUUGUUGCCGGUGGUGAUAGUUAUAUCGCUCAAUUAAUUUGAAAACUCGGCCAUCCUCGUUUGAAAUAUGAACUUCGUGUUGUAUUUGUGUUUUUUAAUAAUGUUCAAUCGAUAGUGAUUAUCACCACAAAACUAAGAUCAUAGAGUUUUGACACAUAUGUACAUUUUGUUAAACGAAAGUUCUGUUUCGAUGGUACGAAGUCAAAUUAUAGAGAGGAAUCGAUUAUGCACCAUCUCAAGACAUUAUCACUCCCUUAUUUUUUAACUUCUCACUUCAUUCAAAACUCGAAAGACAUAACCUGACUUAGAUAUUUUCUGAAGGCUCCAAAUAAUCAACUAAAGGCAGAUUCACCUUACAACAUAUUUAACAAAGAAACCUACAAAAACCCACUUUCAUUUACAGUCAACACCGGUCUAUUUCAAUAACUCGAAGAUGGCUUUGAGUUUGCUUAACUACCACUUCGCAAACUAUGCAAAUACAGAGUUUGCUUGAGGCAGUGGUAAGCCACAAUUCCCUUUCAAGCUUUUCACAAAACCAACAACAUAGAAAAGUAACAUAAAGAAAGCUUGGAAAGGAAAGAGAUAGAUACAUAUGGGGAAUGGACAGUUUCAAACUUGUAAACCACUAUUCCAAUAUUAACAUAUCAUGUUGUGAGAGAGAGAGAGAGCCCCAAGAACCAAUAAUAACCCAAGGUGAAAAAAAAGAGAGAACUUUCUUCCUUUUCUACUAUGUGAAAACAUAAUAAUGUGAACAACAGUAAAUAAGUAAAAUGUUUGAAAAGAGAUUGAGCCGUCCAGCCAAUAUCACCCCCACCACCCACCCUUCAAAUUCUCACCUCCUCCUUCCCCCCAAAAUCCAUUAUCACCAAAAGCUCAAGCAACCACAACAAGGAGAAGAAGAAGGAGAAGCUUCUUCUCAACUCGAAAUCCUCCGUAGCCAUGUUCUUUGGAUAACUUCCUCUUCCUCUUCAUCACCAUAUCGCCCAUUCGGUCGAAGAGGAAUCACCACGAUCAGGAGGAGCUACAAAGAUGCAAACAAAAAAGUCAGAAAUUCUCGAAAUCCAAAUUAUUCUCGAAAGCUUUCGUUAGUGCAUAUAAGAGACAUUCGAGAAGGAGAAGAAGAAGAAGAGGGAAAGGGAAAGGGAAAGGGAAAGGGAGGGAAGAAGCAUAUGAGAUAGUCACGAAGACUCGAACCCAACUCAUCGUGUAGAGGUUUUUGGUGAUGCAAAGAGACACAUGUGAGAUCAAGAGAGGGAGAAAUAAUGGUGUGAAUGAAUGAUUGUGAGUGUCUACAUGAUUUUUUUCUCCUUUCCUUCUUCUUGCUUUUGUUGAUGGGUUUCCUUCUUCUCUUUUGUCACAUAGCCAAAAUGGAAAGUGAGUGAGGGGGGAAAAUUGAGAGUAGGGGAGAAGAGACCAAAGGAGGGAAAGAGAGGAUUGGUGAAGCAAAGCAAUAAAUAAGGAAAGGCAAGAGUGGUGAAAGGAAAACAAAAGCAAGUAGCUAGAGAGAAGAAGAAGGUACAUUUGAUUUAUGUUAAAUGGGAUUGUGACAGAUUUCCAAAGUUGGGCCUCUAUCUUAUCUCAUUUACACAUAUGUUUACUAUUAUUUGGUCAUGUUUAUCAGCUUGCUGAAUUAUUAUUAACUUGAGUUGCUCAAAACAUAAUCAAGCCAAGCCAAAAGGAAAUUUGAUCUGGAUUUUUGUCAUGACGAGAAACAUCCUCCGGGUCACCACCUUGGUGAUGUCGUAGUCGGGUCGAACCCUGGGUCUGGAUUUUUAAACAUAUUUACCUUAUAAACAAACUUACUAUGGUUUUUCUGAACUUUAUAAUAACACUCUUUCAAUUGUAGCAGAAGGCCCUGAUUAGCUAGAUUUGCACAAGCAACCUCUCUGUCCGGUGCCCACAUUUCCAUUUUCUCCCUCUGGCUCCCCUAACCUUUUUGGCCCACCAAAUCCUCACUAUGCCCUCAUGCUUCUUUCUUCCCCUCUUUACUCCAAACCCUAAUUCUAGCAAGAAAGAAGUGGUCCUUGUGAACCCCCCACUAUACCGGUCGUAUUCAUUCAACCACGUAUUGAAAUCGAAUUGAUGUAGUUCGACAACUAUUCUAUUAUUAAACUCGUACGAUAUAAUUCGUAUGAAUUCAGUCGGUCGCGUAUCGGAAAUCAAACCCUUAUCCUUUUGUUCAAACCAAAUGUGUUUCCAGCCUGGAACAAAUGUCUUACAAAUUAUUAUUAUUUCUUAAUUUUAAUUGAUCCUGACUCAUCUCUUGUCCCAAGGAAACAAGGUCUUGUACUAGAGUCAAAGCCUAAAGCUUUUCUCGAGACAGCCACCAAAAAGAUAAAAAAGAACAUGCAAA